AUGCACGACCCGAGGAUCCCGCGCGGGAGCAUCUUCGCCCCGGUGAACACUGCGAGGGCGGUUGAUGCUCGGGAUAAGGUGAAGAAGCGGAGAGGAACCACCACCAAGAGGAGGAGCAACAACAACAAUAAGGGCAACCCCAGUAUCUUUGAGGCACAAGCUGUGCCGUCGUACGGGUGUAGGUUACUUGAUGCUUUCACGUCGAUAUCGCUGGAUGCAAACCUUAUAGAGCAGACGCAGCCGACCCCUGAACGCGAGUCGUUUAGCCAGACGGACGAUUGUUGUACUUCGAUAGUGGUUUUUCCAUUGCUGACACCGCUCUGGCAAUUUUCAUCGUUGCAGAUCGAGGAAUCCGACGGAUUGUUCAACUUCGACGUCGAAGUGAAGCCGCUGUUGAAUGUUUUGGUGAAUAAGACCCUCGCACAAGCGCUCGUGGAAGUGAAGGAAGAGCAGGAGAUGCAGAUGCUGCACCGCCAGCAUGAGGUGGUGAAGGCUGAAAAGCGCGACGCGAGGCAGGCAGAGCGUGAUUUGGAGGAGAAGGCGAAGGAGGCAAACCGCAAGAAAGAGCUCAUCAAGAAGAAGAAAGCCGAAAAGCAGAUACGCGAUCAAAUCAUGCGCAGGAAAUUAUUCGCGUGGCAGUUUGCACGUCCUAUGGUAUCCCAAGCCAUCGACCAGGCUACCACGACACUCCAGAAGAAGGGAGUAUUUUACGACCCGAUGCUGCGCAACCUCGCAAUUUGGCUCGCGGGCGAUGUAUACCAAGCUGCCGACGACACGAUUCGAUUGCGAGCUCUCUCCGUUGAGUUGCUCGAUGGUAUGUUGUACUACUGCGUGUACGUUGCUGGAUUGAGAAUGUGCUAA